AGCGACCAGCAGAGCAUUUUGUGCUAAAAUUUUCACGUAACGAGUCGAUAAAGUACGAGACGAUAAUCGAAAAAGUAAAAAUCGAGUGGAAAUUUGAUUAAAAAAAUGUUCAAGAAAGUGCUAAGUGAUUUCUCGGUGGUUUCGAAAGCCGUAAAUAAUGUCGCACUACAGACUGCAAAAAAUUAUGCAACGAAAAGUGAGGCAACUUUUACCGUGAAACCAUUCAAACUGCACAAAUUCGAACAAGGACCAUCGGAGACUGUUUCAAUUACGCGCGAUGAGGCACUCGUUUGCUACCGACAAAUGCAAACGAUUCGUCGUCUCGAAACUUCUGCCGGCAACUUGUACAAGGAAAAAAUUGUUCGUGGCUUCUGUCAUUUGUAUUCCGGGCAAGAAGCGUGUGCUGUUGGCAUGAAAGCAGCAAUGCGUCCUCAGGAUAACAUUAUUUCGGCAUAUCGUGUGCACGGAUGGACUUACCUGAUGGGAGUUUCGCCGCAAGGAGUUUUGAGUGAGUUGACGGGACGUCGCGGAGGAUGCGCUCGUGGCAAAGGAGGCUCGAUGCACAUGUAUGCACCGAAUUUCUAUGGAGGGAAUGGUAUUGUAGGAGCACAGGUCCCCUUGGGUGCGGGCGUUGCGUUGGCAUGCAAAUACAAAGGCAACGAAGGUGUUUGCUUGGCAUUGUAUGGCGAUGGUGCAUCGAAUCAAGGCCAAGUUUUCGAGGCAUACAAUAUGGCGCACUUGUGGAAAUUACCCUGCAUUUUUGUGUGUGAAAAUAAUAAUUACGGCAUGGGAACGAGUGCUGAACGAUCUUCGAGCAACACAGCUUAUUAUACACGUGGAGAUGCUUUGCCCGGCAUCUGGGUUGAUGGCAUGGAUGUCUUGGCAGUGAAAAGUGCCACAGAAUUUGCCAUUAAAUAUGUAUUGGAACACGGAGCGAUCGUUAUGGAGACAAACACAUAUCGAUAUUCGGGACACUCGAUGUCUGAUCCAGGCACCAGUUACAGAACUCGCGACGAAAUCCAAGAAGUUCGUCAAACUCGUGAUCCCAUUACUUUGUUCAAGGAGAAGAUUAUUGAUGCUGAAUUAGUCACUGCGGAAGAAUUGAAGAAAAUCGACGGCGAAGUCAAAAAAGAAGUUGAUGCCGCAACUGCUGCUGCUAAGAGCGACAAGGAAGUCGAAAUGGUUGAACUUACCACUGACAUCUACUCCAACACUCUCGAACCUCUCAUCCGCGGUGCAAAUCCCAUCACGACUUUCAAACACAGCUCCUUGAACCGAGCAGUCAACUUGAAGUAAACUCGAAAAAAAAAACUUUUUAUUCAUUAUAAUCGGCCCGAAUCUUAUAUUUAUGUAAAUAAUGAAAAGUAAAUAAAUAUUUAGCAAAAAA